AUGUGCCUAGGAGACGCGGGCAAUGGACUCCGCGGUACUGACUUUGUCAGUAGUUGGCCGAGUGGCAUCCAUGUCGGUGCCAGCUGGAACAAGGCGUUGGUUCGUGAGCGAGGCGCCGGCAUGGGAGGCGAGUUCAAGACCAAGGGCGUGAAUGUCCUGCUGGGACCUGUUGUUGGGCCCGCUGGCCGGGUCGUGCUCGGCGGCAGGAACUGGGAAGCCUUUUCAGCAGAUCCCUACUUAUCGGGUGCUUUGGUGCAUGAGACGGUGUCGGCGGUGCAAGCUGUUGGCGUGAUCACCAGUACCAAGCACUACAUCGCCAACGAACAGGAGACAAACCGAAAUCCAUCCGGGAACAUAACAUCAGUCUCGUCGAACAUUGACGACAGGACGAUGCAUGAGCUAUACCUGUGGCCCUUUCAGGACGCUGUUCACGCCGGUACCGGCAACAUCAUGUGCUCGUACAACCGACUCAAUAACUCGUAUGGGUGCGCCAACAGCAAGUCGCUCAAUGGCCUUCUCAAGACAGAGCUGGGAUUCCAGGGCUGGGUUGUCAGUGACUGGGAUGCCCAGCAUUCCGGAGUUGACACAGCCCUGGCAGGCAUGGACGUAACUAUGCCUAAUGACGGCCAUUGGGGGUCUCGCCUUGUGGAAGCCGUCAACAAUGGUUCGGUUCCGGAGAGCCGGGUCGACGAUAUGGUGACAAGGACUAUUGCAGCGUGGUACCAAAUGCGCCAGGAUCAAGACUUCCCGCAACCGGGGAUCGGCAUGGCAGCCGACCUCACCAAGCCCCACCGGAUCGUUGAUGCGAGGAACUCAUCUUUCCGCUCGACUUUACUCAAUGGCGCAGUCGAGGGCCAUGUCCUUGUCAAGAACAUACGCAAUGCCUUACCCCUUGACCGACCGAAGAUGCUGUCCAUCUACGGGUACAGCGCCAAAAACCCCGAUCACAACUAUCCCGCCGGCGGCAACUCGCCCUGGCUCUUUGGCUCCGAGUCGUUCAACUACACCGAGUUUGGCAACGGGUUCUUUGGCGGGUCCAGCGACUUCGGCCACGCAGCGAUUGCCAUCAAUGGCACCAUCUACUCCGGCGGCGGUUCCGGAGCCACCUCGCAGUCCACCGUCAUCUCUCCCUUCGAUGCCCUCGUCCAGCAGGCCUAUGACGACGGGACCGCGCUCUUGUGGGACUUCGCUAGCGGCGAGCCCGUGGUUGACCCCGUCUCCGAUGCCUGCCUCGUCUUCGGCAACGCGUACGCGACCGAGGCGGCCGACCGCCCCAGUCUUCGAGAUGACUACACCGACGGGCUCAUCAAGCGCGUCGCAGACCAGUGCAACAACACCAUCGUAGUCCUGCACAACGCCGGCAUCCGGCUGGUCGACCAGUUCGUGGACCACCCCAACGUGACGGCCCUCAUAUUUGCCCACCUCCCAGGAGAAGCCAGCGGCCGGGCGAUCGUUUCGAUUCUGUAUGGGCAGUCGAACCCUUCGGGGAAGCUUCCCUACACGGUCGCCCGCAACGAAUCGGACUACGCCGUGCUCGGCCCUGACCAGCCCGAGGGCAUGUUUGCGAAGUUCCCGCAGAGCAAUUUCACCGAGGGUGUCUUUGUCGACUAUCGGCAUUUCGACGCGAGGAAUAUCACGCCGCGGUAUCCCUUCGGUUUUGGGCUGAGCUACACGAGUUUCAACUACAGCAACCUGUCCGUGGUAAAGGUGGAGGAUGGGAACUUUGAUGAGUACCCCACGGGCCAGGUCGUCGAGGGCGGCCAGGAGGACCUGUGGGAUGUGCUGGUGAACGUGUCGGCCGACGUGUCCAACACGGGCGGAGUGGAUGGCGCCGAGGUUGCGCAGUUGUAUGUGGCCAUUCCGGCCGAGGGUGCCCCGAUACGCCAGUUGAGGGGGUUUGAGAAGCCGUUCCUGAACGUGUCGAGCAAGGCGACGGUCACCUUCGGGCUGACCCGGAGAGAUCUGAGCGUGUGGGACGUGGUGGCGCAGAAGUGGAAGCUGGUGAGAGGCGAAUAUACCAUUGAGGUCGGCGGGAGCAGCAGGGACCUACCGCUUGUUGGGAAGGUCACGAUUUAA